AUGGACCAAGCAACAGGCCUGGCCGUGGUGGCUCUGAUUUGGAUGGUCCUUCAAAUGAAGUUUGUUUUCAAAGGCCAGGAGUUUCCUGACAACUGUCAUUCUCUUGAGAAUCAUUUGGGACAGGAAAGACCCAGACAGAUUCAAGAGAGUUCCAAGAAGCAUCGUGAAAUGGAGGAGCAGAUUUUCAGUCAGGAUACUGAUUCAAGUGAAACCAAAGUUUCAUUACAUCAUGUUGUUGAACUGAACAAUAGUGGAAACUUGGCUGAGCUUCGCAAGCGUCUGUCUCGUACGCCAAGCAGUAGGUUAUUCAGGAUGUUGGAUGAGGCCAUAUCUCGGGCUGCAAAAUCCCUUAAUCAGGCAGUGGCUGCAAUCCUGAAGUGUUCACCUGAGAGCUCAGAUGCCAUCUUCAGUUCUAAAGGAGAAAUCUAUCUCCAUUUGAUGAGAAUGCUCCAAGGAGAUGACCUGCAAACAAAAGUUUCCACCGAUUUGAAAUGGGUUCUGAGCAACUCCAUUGACUAUUUCUCUGUGAAUGGUGCUGUGGAGAUUUCACAGGCUAUAAUGACAGAUAUAAAAGAUGGGAGGGAUUAUCGAGGAGGGUCAUUCAUUCAUUGGUCAUCGAUCAAGGAAAAGCUUGUCACGCUGUCAACCAAGAAGAGUUCAUCCCUUAAAGGGAUUUCAGUGGAAGAGAAGUUCAAUGUGGUACUCGGUGCCAUUGAGGAAAAGGCAAAUGGAGAAAGCAUAUCAUUUGACCACAAUACCAUGUCUUCAUCUGCCUAUAAAGCCCAUGUCAUCAAUACCAUUUGCAACCUGAGAUGGGAUCUCCAUUGUGUUCCAUUCAUUGCAGCCAUGUUUGUUGACAUGCCAAUGUCUCCUGAAGAAGCAGGCUUUGUGAUCACAAAGCUUUUCAAGGCUGUGGUAGAGCUCCCAGUUGUGGAUGCUCCUCCUGUUGUGCACCAUAUGCUCCGCCUCUGCAAGCAUCACCAUCGAGGAUAUUUGCUGACAAAGUUGUCUGAUCAUUUUGGCAACUUAUUUGAACAAUGUCGAAAGGAAGAUAGUCAAGAUUUA